AUGGCUGGAAUGAAAUUUGAGUAUGACGAAAAUGGUGGCAAAUUUUAUUACUUUUUUCUGUCAUUUUAUGCAUUAAUUCUUGUACCAACAACUUAUUGGCUAUGGCCGAAGUCAGAAAAAAGAAAAAGUACACCACAUCCUGAAGAUACAUUGAAUUUUGCUCCAUGUCGUUAUAAACAUCAAUUGCUACAUGCAAAUGAACCUAGUCGACGACGCCGAGCUACAUUGACUAAAAUUGGUUUUUUAUUAGCAUGGAUAAUAUUUUUAGUUCUUGCUUAUCGUGUAUCAUUAAUAGAAAUUGAACAUAAAGAAUAUGACCCAUUUGCUGUGCUUGAUAUUGAUCGAGAAGCAACAGUUAGUGAAAUAAAACGAGCUUAUCGUGAAUUAAGUAAAAAACAUCAUCCAGAUCGUGGUGGUGACCCUGAACAAUUUAAAGAAAUUGCUAAAGCUUAUAAAACUUUAACUGAUGAAGAAGCAAAAGGAAAUUGGCAAAAAUAUGGAAACCCUGACGGGCCAGGAGUUACUCGUUUUGGUAUUGCAUUACCAAAAUGGUUAGUCGAUCAUCAAAAUUCUAUAUUCGUUCUUUUAAUUUAUACUGGUGUAUUUAUGAUUGUACUUCCAGUUAUUGUUUGUGUUUGGUGGCAAAAAUCAGCACGCUAUGCUGGUGAUCAUAUAUUAAUUGAUACUAUUCAUCUUUAUUGGGUAUUUCUUAGCAAAACAUCAUCAAUAAUUAUUAAACGUAUGUUUUAA